AUGCCGCUCCAACCCGCAGCAUCAUUGUACCGUCGCUGCUUGAAACUCUCCCUUGACUGGGCUGUGCACAGGCACAUCUGGCGAGGCCAGGCCGUGUACAUCAGAUCGCUAUUUGACGCCAACCGGGAGGUGCGAGACCCUCGACAGCAGAAGCUAUUGCUACGAGAGACGGAGAAGUUGCUGGAGACAUGGAAGCACCCCGAUCCUUAUAAGGCACCCACUGCGCCCGGAGGAUCCAAAUACGAAAGAAACCUUGCACCGCGCGAUCUGCCAUAUGCUGCGGCACCCGGCGAACAUUGA